UUCUCGCUCGGUCUGCCCUCGGCCAUGGAGGGCUGCGCGGAGGCGGCGCGGCUGAGCGCGGAGAUCGGCCAGCGGGAGCAGGAGCUGCGCGGCUUACGCGAGCGGCUGGCCGCCGUCCUGGCGGGGGGUGCUGCGGGCGACGGCGGGGCCACCGAGGCCACCGAGGCCGAGUGUGCCGCCGCCUUUCCCGGCGAGCUCCCCCCUCUGCCCGCCCGGGCCUCUCUGAGCGCCGCCGACAUCCUGCGGUACAGCCGGCAGCUGGUGCUGCCGGAGCUGGGCGUGCGGGGGCAGCUGCUCCUGGCCCGCUCCUCUGUGCUCGUGGUGGGCUGCGGCGGCCUGGGCUGCCCGCUGGCCCAGUACCUGGCAGCCGCCGGUGUCGGCCGCCUGGGUCUGGUGGAUCACGACGUGGUGGAGACGAGCAACCUGCACCGGCAGGUGCUGCACGGGGAGGCCCGCCGAGGGCUCCCCAAGGCGCUCUCCGCCGCGGCGGCCCUGCGGCUGCUGAACUCCACGGUGCAGUACGUGCCCUACUGCGGCGCCCUGAGCCCUCGCACUGCCCUAGAGCUGGUGCGGCAGUACGACGUCGUCGCCGACUGCUCCGACAACGUCCCCACCAGGUACUUGGUGAACGACGCCUGCGUCCUGGCGGGGAAGCCCCUGGUGUCUGGCAGUGCCCUCCGGCUGGAGGGGCAGCUUGUCGUGUACAACUACCAGGGAGGGCCCUGCUACAGGUGUCUCUUCCCCAAGCCCCCUCCACCGGAGAUGGUGACUAACUGUGCGGAUGGGGGAGUGCUGGGUGUUGUGCCGGGCAUCGUGGGGUGCAUCCAGGCCUUGGAAGUGCUGAAGAUUGCUUCGGGAAUGGGUUCCUCCUUCAGUCAGUUCAUGCUCAUGUUUGACGCCCGUGAGGGGAGAUUUCGCAACAUCAAGUUAAGACCAAAGAAACCGGACUGUGCUGUUUGUGGUGACAAUCCGUCUGUCACCUGUCUUCAGGAUUAUGAGGCGUUUUGCGGUUCUUCUGCAACAGACAAGUGUAGGACUUUACAUCUGCUGUCCAGUAAAGACAGGGUGUCUGUAGAGGAAUACAAAAAACUGUUGGAUGAGCAAGUUCCUCAUGUGUUGUUAGACGUUCGUCCGCAGGUAGAAGUGGAUAUCUGUCGCCUGGUACAUGCUGUCCACAUUCCUUUGAGUAAAUUAGAAGAGAAAGAUGAAGAAUAUCUGGAAUAUUUAGAAAAAAGAAUUUGUGAAGAAAAGCAGAGAACUAAUGGCCAAACAUCUUUUCCUGUAUAUGUUGUUUGCAAAUUGGGAAAUGACUCCCAGAAGGCUGUAAGAAUUCUGCAGGAGCUACCUGUCAGACAAUUUGGCUCUGUGUUAGCUAAGGAUAUUAAAGGGGGGCUCAUGGCUUGGGCCGGUAAAAUUGACCCAACAUUUCCUCUGUAUUAGAAGUUUACAUGGUGAAAAAAAAGUACAAAUUUUCAUAGUUAAUUCCAUAGGGUUUAAUCUUCUCUGUGUAAUGUGGAUAAAACAGGACAUAGAAAUACCAUGUUGCUUUUUUUGAAUGGUAAUUUUUUUCCAAAAAGUCAUGUAUUUUUGUAGAUGUCUGAUUAUUUUUUUAAAAAUGUGAAACCGUCCAUGGAAAUGGAAAGAAAUUUGUUACUUGGUUAUUGUUUAAUAGUGAAAAUGUGGAAUAACUACUUAAUUGUGCAUGUGAUAAUUGAGCAUGACUCUUAGUUAGUAAUUAUAGCCUGGAGAAUGACAAAGCACAGCAGUCAAGUGUUGAAAGUUUUUACUUGUUCUCCUAACUGCCUAACAAAUUGAAACAGUGCAUGCAGUGGUUAAAAACACCCAGCUAACUGUUAAUCUCUAGCUGGUCAGUAGCACUAUUAAGCCUGUCAAUGCUGACGGGACUGUUUUGGUCAACACCUUUUAGUUCUCUGUCGAAGCAUGAGAAGUGCUCACUGCAAAUAACAGCACCUGCAGCAAGGGUGUACUGUUAAGAGCUGCCAGGGCCAUCCAUCCUUGGUUGUUGGCUGGCAAAAAAGUGUAUUCCCUGACUUGUACAGAGAAACCGAGGUUAAACAUUAAUAAGACGUAAGAGUGAGCGGACAAAGUUUGUAAAACAUACAGAAAAUGCUUUUGUGAGGGCUUAGAAGAGUUCAGAGCUUGAGACAUGAGAAGGUGAGAGAGAAAAAAUUAGAUACGGGGCCUCCCUUCUGCAAGUACAAAGACAUAUUUCAUAAGUUUUCUUCCUGUUUGUUGUGGUAGUUGCGUGUCCCUAGUUGUACUACAUUAUUUUGUUAACUGGCAUGAAGAGCUACGCGUAUCUAAAAAGUUCUCGUAGGUGAACUGAAUGAAAAGAAAGAGAAAUAAAUAGCUUCUCAACAGAGAGUUGCCUGAGUCCUCAUCACUUAAGCAUAGUAAUUAUUUUCUUAUUAUAUUAAUUAAGGUAUGGAUUUCCUUUACUUCCUGAGGAGGAAAAAACCGCCUGUCAUGACUAAUCUUUGCAUUAUACAAGGGGAAAAAAAAAACACCCAAAAAAGAAUAGUACCAUUAUAAUUAGUAGUUGAAAAGGCAUAUUUUAGUAAAAUAAAUUUGAGAACAUCCACACCACCUACUUUAUUACAAGAUGCCAUGGGUUCUAGCAAUAAUAAUCUUAGUCUCUUGUGAAGCAAACAGUUACGUGAAUUUAUAAAGAGAGAGUCAUAUCUCUUGCACUUUAGAGGACAAAGAAAACAUUGAAGGGCAUGGCUUAAAGUAAGCAUUAGUGCCUUGUGGUGCGUAGUAAGAGUGUCAUCAGUCAAGACCUUUUAAGACAGGUUGUGGAGGCUUGGUUCAGUCAGAACAUCUGGCUUCUGGUGGGUUUCAGCUUUUGGGAAUUAGAAACCAGAGGGACUUGUUUGAAAUGCCUGACCUAUGUUUUCAUUUUUCUUUCUUUACUGUGAUGUCAAGAAGAGACUGAAACAUAAAAGGUAACGGUAGCAAUAAUUCUCUAAUACCCAACCUUCCAAUGCUAAACAAUGGAUGGUAUGUCACAUAUCCCCCUGACCUGAAAAAGUGAUUCCUUUUCAAUCAUUCAAAGCAAGGUCAACCUUUGGACUUGGGGAGAAGGGAAAGACUUUUUGAGUCUAAAUCUGAGUGUUACUUCCAGUGGAUGGAAAUCAUGUGUAAAGUUUUUUGCUUUGUUACAACAUUGUAGCAGCAGAUGUACGCAAAUUCUGUGAAAGAAAAAGGAGGUGACACUAAAGCCUGUGGUGUUUGGUGGAAGAUUUUUUGUAGCAAAUUUGUAACUGCAUUUCUUGAAGCACAUUUUCAAGCAGGAAACCAGACUGUGGGUCUUUAACUGGACUGUGGGUCUUUGCGCUGUAUAGAAAACAAUUAACACCUCAAGGUUCUGGAGAACUCUGUGGAAAAAUAGUGAUAAGGAUGAAUGAAAAUGGACUAAAACCAUAGAAUGAUAUCAGAACUGGCAAAAAAAGUAAAUGCAUCAAGUCAGGCUGUUGAGAGACAAACUUUCAGGAUCUUCUAUUAAAAUGGCUUUUUGGAAA